AUGGCUGACACUGUUGGAAAAGCUGCAGUCGCCUGGGCUGCCGGCGAGCCCCUCUCCAUCGAGGACGUCGAGGUUGCUCCCCCCAGGGCCCACGAAGUCCGCAUCCAAAUCCACCACACGGGUGUCUGUCACACCGAUGCCUACACUCUCUCCGGAAAGGACCCAGAGGGAGCCUUCCCCGUCGUUCUUGGCCACGAAGGUGCCGGUGUCGUCGAGUCCGUCGGCGAGGGCGUCACCUCCGUGAAGCCCGGCGACUACGUCAUUGCCCUUUACACCCCCGAAUGCCGCGAAUGCAAGUUCUGCAAGUCCGGCAAGACCAACCUGUGCGGCAAGAUCCGUGCCACGCAGGGUAAGGGCGUGAUGCCUGACGGAACCUCGCGCUUCAAGGCCCGCGGAAAGGACCUCCUCCACUUCAUGGGCACCUCAACUUUCUCCCAAUACACCGUUGUCGCCGACAUCUCGGUGGUAGCUGUGACCCCCAAGAUCCCCACCGACCGCUCCUGCCUGCUCGGCUGCGGUAUCACCACCGGCUACGGUGCGGCCGUCGUCACCGCCAAGGUAGAGGAGGGAUCGAAUGUCGCCAUCUUCGGCGCCGGCUGCGUCGGUCUAUCCGUUAUCCAGGGUGCCGUGAAGAACAAGGCGAGCAAGAUCAUCGCCGUCGACGUCAACGACGGCAAGGAGGCCUGGGCCCGCAAGUUCGGCGCCACCCACUUCGUCAACCCCACCAAGCUGAACGGCAAGACGAUCCAGGAAGAGCUGAUCGAGAUGACCGACGGCGGAUGCGAUUACACUUUCGACUGCACUGGUAAUGUCGGCGUCAUGCGCGCUGCCCUUGAGGCAUGCCACAAGGGUUGGGGUGAGAGUAUCGUCAUUGGUGUUGCUGCUGCUGGACAGGAGAUCUCUACCAGACCAUUCCAACUCGUCACCGGUCGUGUAUGGAAGGGUUGUGCCUUCGGUGGUAUCAAGGGCCGUACCCAAUUGCCUGGCCUGGUUGAUGAUUACCUGAACGGCCAGCUCAAGGUCGAUGAGUUCAUCACCCACCGUCAGCCUCUGGCCAACAUCAACGCUGCCUUCGAGCAGAUGAAGGAGGGUGACUGUGUCCGUUGCGUAGUGGAUUGCCGUCAAUAAGUUCGAAAAGUGAUUUAUUUGUAUGCUCGCUUGAUGAUAUUCAGUGUGAUGAAUUAUGUAUGACUGAAGACGUAGUAGGCAGUAUAAAUGUAUUACAAUAUGUAAA